AUGUCAAAGAGAGGAAUUAUUGGCUUCCUUACAGCAUUGAGCUGGACAGCUCAAUUUGCCAAUGGCCAGCUUCAACCCGAUUGCAAUCCGCUCCACACGGAUUGCCCAUCAAAGAAGGCUUGGCCCGAGGAGAAUUAUUAUAUUGAUUUCACUAAGCAAAAGGGCCCCCCUUCAGACUGGACGAUUGCGAAUUCCGAGGUCGUCGACUUCACUUCCAACGGAGCCGAGUUGUCUUAUGCCAAAAAGGGGGAUGCACCGAAUAUGUGGACCGAUUUCUAUAUGCUUGGCGGCCGGUAUGAUGUCGAGAUGAAAAUUGCUCCGGGCCAGGGAGUGAUUAGCAGCGCAGCUUUAUGGUCAGACACUCAGGAUGAAAUCGAUUUUGAAUUUUCCGGUAAUCAAUUUGGCCAGACGCCUUUCCCGCCUCGGGAUGGGAUGUGGGCUUUUGAGACCAACGUUUUCGCGCAAGGAAAGAUGUGGGAUGGCGCAGCUACUUACCAGAAAGAUUUAUACAAGCCAGCAGAGCAGUUCCAUAAGUAUUCGGUAGAGUGGGAUGAAGACUACAUGAACUGGUAUGUUGAUGAUAAGGUCGUCCGAAGUAUUCUAGCCAAGGAUACUCCUAAAGGUUUCGCCUUUCCCCAGUCUCCGAUGAAGCUUCAACUUGGUGUAUGGGGAGGUGGAGACCCUAAUAACAAUCACUGGACUAUUCAAUGGGCUGGAGGUGAGGUCGACAUGAAAGGCGCUCCUUAUACUAUGUAUGUGAAGAGUGUAAACAUAACAAAUAAAUAUCCUGCUUGCCAGUACAGAUAUAAGGAUAAGAGUGGGAAGCAAGCUUCCAUCGAAAAAUUAGAAAACGGCUGUAACCCUGAACUCGUGAAAAUGGCUAAGAGGGAUCCUGCUGCGAAUAACUAUCCUGUCAGUUCGCCAGACUUUAUCGAUACACCUGCGCCAACUUCGUAUUACCCAACUCAAGGGAUUGGCACGUCUAACACUGCAGGGACUGAUGCUAUCGCGUCUAGUGCGCCUGGCGCAUAUCCCAAUAUAACCAAACCAGGCACAACUGUGACCCUCGGUAACUACUUCACGACUGUAAUCGAGUAUGACACGAUCACUCCCGAGGCCCCUGCCUCUGUAUCGUCUGGAGCUACUCCUACUAGCUACUACACAGCAUCCCAAGCAUCUACCGACGUUUCGAGCUAUCAGAUGAGUGAAUCCUCUAGCACCGUAGGAACAGCCACCACUUCGGUCCCGGUUGCUGUUAGCUCGGCCUCAAGCUACCCCGUAGCAUCGUCUCAGACCGCCCCUAAGAAUGCACCUGGUGAGUCCUCGCAUGUCGAUAAUGAUCUAACAACGGUAACCUCCCCCACCACGGAUACUCGUACCGUGUUCCAGACACAAUCUCCUGAGAAGUCGGGCACGUGCGAGUGUGUACCCUCGACCGUGACUGUCACUCAAACAGUUGCACGAGUCACUGUGACAAGCACAGCCGAACCGUUUAUCGCUAGCACGUAUUCUAUGGGUACUGCUCCUCUUGGCACAGGUGGUUUAGGCGAGGUCAUGGAAAUGGGGGCGAACAUGGACAUUGAUGAGAUGCUAGGUUAG